CUAUCCCUUCUUGGUGGAUAACACUAGCCUACACUACACACUACAUUGAAUUGUAAAUACAGCCUUUUCGAUGCGAGUUUAUACAGUUAUGAGAUACUUUCUAAAUUUCACAAAAUUUUGUACGAUAAGUCUUUGUUUUUGACAAGAGUGAAGAAUUAUUUUUUUCUUUUUGGAGUUUGUGUUUAGAAAGUUGUGUCGGAUUAAAAACAGCUAACUAUCGCGGAAGCGGUAUUCAAAUGAGCAGGGCCUGCAAAAAAUGGCGACUGCCGCAUCAGUAAACGUUAGUCUAGACGACAUUGAUCUUGCCAGUCUCAGGGAUCCAGCUGGAAUAUUUGAUUUAAUUGAGGCAGUUGGAAAUGGAACUUACGGACAGGUUUAUAAGGGUCGCCACACCAGAACAGGACAAUUGGCUGCCAUUAAAGUUAUGACAGUCACUGAGGAUGAAGAAGAAGAAAUAAAACUAGAGAUCAAUGUAUUGAAAAAGUUUUCCAAUCAUCGAAACAUAGCAACCUACUAUGGUGCUUUCAUUAAGAAAGGGCCCCCUGGCAAAGAUGACCAGCUUUGGCUGGUAAUGGAGUUUUGUGGUGCUGGAUCAGUUACAGAUCUAGUCAAAGCUUUAGGUUCUGAGACUUUCAGAAGAGCCACUAAAGGUAAUUUCCUUAAAGAAGAGUGGAUAGCUUAUGUAUGCAGGGAAAUUUUAAGGGGCCUGGCACAUCUCCAUAACAACAAAGUUAUUCACAGAGACAUCAAAGGACAGAAUGUUUUACUUACUGAUAAUGCUGAGGUCAAAUUAGUGGAUUUUGGAGUUAGUGCUCAACUAGACAAAACAAUAGGGAGACGAAACACAUUCAUUGGAACACCGUAUUGGAUGGCACCAGAGGUUAUAGCCUGUGAUGAGAAUCCAGAUGCCACAUAUGACAAGAGGAGUGACCUGUGGUCAUUGGGAAUUACAGCCAUUGAGAUGGCAGAAGGCAAACCACCAUUGUGUGAUAUGCAUCCAAUGAGAGCUUUGUUUUUGAUCCCAAGGAAUGCCCCUCCAAGGCUGAAAAAUCCAAAUAAAUGGUCAAGCAAGUUUCAUAAUUUUGUAGAGUCAUGUUUGAUCAAAGAUUACACACAGAGACAUUCAACAGAACAAUUACUUAAACACCCUUUCAUCAGAGAUCAACCCACAGAGAGACAGACACGCAUACAACUCAAGGACCAUAUAGACAGACAUAAGAAAAAUAGAAAAGCGGAGGAUAAUGAAACAGAGUUUGAAUAUGAAGGCAGUGAUAAUGAGGAAGAGGAUGAUACAACUAUGCCAGGCGAACCUAGCUCAAUCCUACAGAUUCCAGGGGAGAGCACUCUUAAAAGAAACUUUCAACAAAUCCAGGAUGCCAAGCGCCAGGAUCCUCGGUCCAAUGCUGCUGCUGCACAACAAAGACUCAGCCAGCCUGGUCCACCUGGUCGUCCUCUUUCAGCUCAGCAGAUAGCACCACCAUCACAGAUUCCAGCAUACCGUCCUCCACCCCAAAUUGUGCCACACCCUUCCCCACCCCAGCCCCAGCCCACACAGCAACCACAACAGCCACAGAGGCCAUCGUCUAGUCACUUCCAGUACAAACCUAUUGGAAUACCCCAGGACCACCCUGGACAAAAGCCUUCCUACCAAGUGCAACCUUCUCAAAAUCCUGCUUUACAAUCUCGCAAGUCAGACAGUUCAAGCCCAAGCAAUCAACCUAUGCAACAACCGUAUGGUGCCAAACCAUCAGGACCAUUUGGUGCACCAGUCAGUAAACCAGAUGAUCUUGACAGGCUAGCUCUACAUCUAAGUAAAAUGGGUGCUGAGCAAAGAGUUGCAAAAACAGUUAUCCUGGAUGAUGGUGAAGAUGACGAUGAUGAAGACACAGACGAGGAAGUGGACGAUGAGGACGAGGAUGGGUACAGAGAUGGAACUCUGCCAGCCCCAGAGCCUGCCAGAGCCAUAAAAAAACGAAAAUGUAAAAAAAAAUCCACUCAAAUUGUAAAGCCUCCCAGGAAUGUGAGUAAAAACCCAAUAGAAGCUAUGGUCUCCAUGAGUGUUCGUGACAGCCUGCGUGAUGACUCUCAAGAAACAGAACUUAUGAAAGUUGAUGAUGAUGGGGAGGGAACUCUAGUCGCCAGAAGGAACAAAUCUGAUCCAUUACUAGAUGGGGGGCGAGGCAGAAGAGGGGCUGAUAAGAAGGCCUCUAUACCACCCUCUGGACCUAAAACAUCAUCCUCAUCCAAUUCUUCAGCUAGUGGUGCUUUAGCUGCUGGCCAGUCCCCCAGACAUGGCGGUGUUAUGCCAGACUUGGUGCCACCACAGAUACCACCUCGUACAUACCCAUCUUUCACACCACAGCGGCCACAAGACAAGACAGCGUCAGAGGAGUCACGCAGAGGUUCUCAAAUCAACGUCAACGUCACACCGUCGCAGACCACUGAAGGUAUCGGGGAGACCCCAGAGAUCAGGAAGUACAAGAAGAGAUUUGGCUCCGACAUCCUGUGUGCUGCAUUGUGGGGUGUGAAUCUUUUAAUUGGAACAGAGUCUGGUCUUGUUUUGUUGGACAGGAGUGGUCAAGGAAAAGUGUACACCUUGAUAUCCAGGAGAAGGUUCCAGCAAAUGGAAGUGCUAGAAGGUCAAAAUAUUUUAGUCACCAUCUCAGGCAAGAAGAACAAAAUCAGGGUCUACUAUCUGUCCUGGUUGAAGUCUAAAAUACUCAAGAAUGACACAAGUGAUAAGAAGAAUGGCUGGGUGAAUGUUGGGGAACUGGAGGGCUGUGUUCGUUUUAAAAUAGUGAAAUACGAAAGAAUCAAGUUCCUUGUGAUAGCUUUACAUGAGAGCAUAGAGAUCUAUGCAUGGGCCCCUAAGCCGUACCACAAGUUCAUGGCUUUCAAAACUUUCUCAGAGCUGAAGCCCAGACCCCUUGUAGUUGACCUGACUGUGGAAGAGGGUCAGAGGUUAAAGGUUAUCUAUGGCUCUAACAUUGGGUUUCAUGCCAUAGAUCUGGACAGAUCCUCAACAAUAGAUCUCUACAUUCCAUCACAUCAUUACCUGACAGUGUCUGAAUAUCGAGGUCAAGGUAAUUCAGUAGCCAGUAACCAAUCAGGUUGCAUCACAUUUUAUGUCAAUCAGACCAAUGGGCCAAUAGUCCCCCACACAAUAGUUAUAUUACCAGACACCAAUGGUAGACAGCUGCUACUAUGUUAUGACAAUGAAGGUAUCUAUGUGGACACAUCUGGUAAUGUGACCAAGAAUGUAGUCCUACAGUGGGGUGAGCUGCCUACAUCAGUUGCUUACAUCAGUACUGGUCAGAUCAUGGGCUGGGGAAACAAGGCAAUAGAAAUCAGAUCUGCAGAGACAGGACACCUGGACGGGGUCUUCAUGCACAAGAAAUCUCAGAAACUCAAGUUUCUCUGUGAGAGGAAUGAUAAGGUGUUUUUCUCAUCUGUCCGUUCUGGCUCGUCUUGUCAAAUUUAUUUCAUGACACUCAGUCGACCUGGCCUGGCCAACUGGUGAACCUGGAGUACCUGACAGGGCCAGGCUUUAGGCAUCUGGUGGCACCACUCACAACAGUCCACGCAGUCGCAGAAUUCAACCUUGGUAAAGAUAGAGUAAUUUAUUCACUGGAUGCUAUAAUGUGAGGAGUAGGAAGGAGGAAAACCAGACAGUUUAUUGUAUGGACAAAUUUUGUAAAAGAAAGGUUUUUCUGUUUGAUGAUUUUUGUCCCCCCCCCCCCUCCUCACUGUUGUGUUACCAUGGUAACUGCCACAUAUGGGUCAGGAUUUAAAAUCUUAGUUAAAAGUCUGGAUUGAGUUUGGAUGUACACGAACUUAUUUUUUAAUGCUUGAAUUUAAUCAUGGUUUCAUUGUCACAUUUUAAAAACAAAAAAACUUUAUUUAUAGGUUUGUCAGGGUAAGCUAGAACUAAAAACAAAUUUUUCCAGGAAUUGUAUACUUCAAUAGUAUAUUUGUUUUAUUUUAUGAAGAGGAUAAAAAAUAUUCCACAUCCUUAUUUAGAUGUCAAAAAGAACAUGCUCACUUAAAGGGGACCAUGCUAAUUUAAAAAUAAAAAAACUGUAGUUUUUUGUAUCAUCUGAAGUCAUCAGUGGUGUAGGCAGAGGGAGUUGUUCAUGGACCCUUCAAAUGAAGGUUGUCUCAUACUCAAUUACAUAGUUACAACUACUAAAGACUACAUUUGAGUUGCUUGAUGCUAACAAUUUCAAAAUUUUAAUGUCAUGUACACAAUUUCCUAAAGUCAUUAUGGAAUGUGUAUAAAUAUAUGUAUGUAGACAUCUAUACAUAAUUUUCUAUAUGUAUACACACACUCAUUUGAAAUCCCUUCUCUUCCCCUCCCCCCUGGACAAACAUCUCCCUGCCCACACCAUUGAAAUCAUUUAUUGCAAGUGACCUAAAAUUUUAAAAUAAAGAUCACUCAUUUCAAGUGUGCUUAAUGGAAUACUCAAAUCUAAUUUCUUCAGUGUUAAAUUAAUGCCAUAUAUUUGUAUUUUUUUAAUCAUGCUUUGGUAGAGAAAAAAUUAGAGCACCAUAAAAUAUGCAACAUGUGCUGAAGUGUGAGGGUGUAAUUCUGGCAUUAAAUUUGUGUUGUUGUUUGAGAGGAUUGUGGCAUUAAGGACUGGCGCUAGCCAGCCAGAUCUUGCAGUGUACAGUUUCUUUAUUUAUUGGAUGGGUGAAACAGAUGGUUUUUGUUAUAGUUCAUCAUUGCUGCAAUAUUUUAUUUAUAACUUGUGCUUUCAUAGUGUCAAAUCUAUGCUCAUAAUUGGCCAGGAAAAUUUGUACUAUCAAAGGCAAAAAUUUAGAGUGAUAAUUUUUUUUUUUUUUUUUGUAAAUUAAAGUAACCAACUAUCUUUAAAAAUUUUGACUUAUUAAAUGCUGCUCAAGUGUUUUGUGGAUACUAAGUAGAUCCACAACCUUUUGGAUAGGGUGGAUUUGGUUGGCCAUGCUGUAAUAUGUGAAUUAAAGAUCUACAUGGAUUUAAAGAUUUAAAUGGAAAAAAUAUUUUCAAUCUCUUUAGUUGGCUGUUAAAAGUAACUCCUUAGGUAACAGAAUGGAAUUAUAGGGUAGCUUUUCAUCUGCUUUAAUUAAAUAUCAUUAUUUUAAUGUUCAGUUGUGUUAAUUUGGAAUCAAAAAGUGUAUAAAAUUUCCUUCUUGUAAAAUAAGUUUGAGUGUGUACACGACCUCAAGUGUGUAUACAGUUCUGUGUAUAUAUCCCUGGCUGUGUACAGCUCUAGCUAAAAUGUGCACGCAUGUACUCAAUUCUGUACAUAUUUCUGGCUGUGUAUGCCUGUACAUGAUUCUAAGUAAUGUACACUUACAUGGCCCUGGCUGUGUACAUUACCAUCCUGUUUUUCUGGCCACCUUAACUAGUUGAACGCUGUGUCUUUACUGUAAUACUCCAUCAACUCACCUGGCUUGUAUGAAGGCAGUGCUCCACUCUAGAACUCUUUACCUAAGAUACACGCGAACUUUGAACCCACCUUGUGUUGCAUUCAUUUCUCUUAUAGUAUUAAACAAGCUGUCAGAAGUCUAUUGUUCUGAUGAGGCUGAUACCACUUUUAGUUAGCCUAACCAUGACAAAGAUUUUCUUAUUUGUUUCUCUAAGUCUGAUGCUAGUUUUUACAAAUUCCUCCUUUUUAAUAUAUCCAUCUAGUCCAACAAAGUUGCUGUGAAUUUGUAUCAUAACUUUCCUAUUGUUGGAUAUGACUCAGCUCUGUAUUUAAAGGUUCUGUAGCUUAUCUUGUUGAAUCAGCUGGUUAAUUAAGACUUACCAUCAUUGCUGGUGGUUUUAGAAAAUUUUCUUUCUUCAAGCUGGGGGUUAGUACUUCACUCCAGUAUUAUUUCAAUACGUUAUGCAUUUUUAAUAUCUAGACCUUUCACUUUCAUGCUAUGUUCUGCUCCUAGUCGAAAUUAUCAUGUAAAUAAUGGUUUGUAAAAAAUGUAAUUCAUGCUUUUUCUUCUCUUUAAAAUGUACAGAGUUUGUGUACUUUUUAUUCUUUGAGGUAUGAUAGGAUUGUCUUUUUAAUGUGUCUGAGUAAUGUCAGACAUAGGACAAUGUGUGUUUUGUGUCAGACCUGGUUCAGGUGUGUUUUGUCAGACCUGGUUCAGGUGUGCUGUGUGUUAUACCUGGUUCAGGUGUGGUGUGUUAUACUUGGUUCAGGUGUGUUGCGUGUCAGACCUGGCUCAUGUGUGCUGUGGUGUUUGUUAAACCAGACUCUGAUGUGCUGAGGUGUCACAGGCCUGCCAACUGAUGAUGUGUGCAUGUGUUUACCAGAUUUCUUUGUGCCAACUACUGCCAACACCAUCUCAUUGCUAACUCCCAAAUGUUUUGUCCCCUAUACAACCAACCAUCAGCUGGCUAGGUAGUCAUGUUUAGAUAGUAUCUACUUUUACUCUUAAAACACAUUGAUUUUUUUCAUGUGCCUUUGCUUUGCAUGCUGACCGGUUCCCAUGUUGUAGAUUCAAGAUCUGCUAAACAGAGGCAAAAAAAAAUAUCAUCCAGUAGAUUUGUAACCAACCAUAUUCACAUCAGUUACUUCCCUUGAAUUGCAAUUUAUUUAUUGAUGUGUACAUGCAUAGAGAUGUGUAAUUUAGGGUUGUUGAUUUGCUGAUUGUUGCAACUUGUACAUGCAUUUGCUAAUUUUUUUAAAGUAAAGAUCAUUUGUAGAAAAAUAUUAUUUUAACACAAUGUGUUUUUUUAUAAUGUAAACUAUAGAGAUGAAUAAUCUUAUGAUGUUUUAUAUAUUUUUUUUAGGAAACAAAUUUGUUUUAUAUUGUGUUCAUUGCAAAUUUAGUCACAAGUGUUGUUGUGAAGCUCUCUCUACUUCCUGAGUAAGAAGCUUAUACCAGAUCGAAAAUGUUAAGGUUAUAUUUACCAAAAGAUAUACUUGAGUUAUGGCUCAUUGUUUUUUAGAAAGAUUACAGUUGCCCCUUCAAAGUUCAAAUAUAUUCUAAUAAUUUAUGUAACUAUAUCAUUUAUUUUGCUUUGUGAACUAAUUUUAACUUAGUAAAUCCAUCAGUUUAGAGAUCACAGAGUAGAUCAUGUCUUUGAAAUGAUUUUUUUUAUAGAAGAUUGUCAUAUUUUUAUUAUGUGUGAUUACAAGGAAUGUAACAAUAUGCUAAUAUUAUGUGUACAAAGAUCAUGUCCUCAUAUUUUGUGUGUUUUAUGUAGCAAACACUUCUUGACAUUUAAGCAUACAUUUUGAAAGAAUAAAAAAAUAUAUCAAAUACAA